ACUCCUUGCUUGCAGGUUAGGCUGAGCUCUCCUAACCUUCGUGUUGUGGUCUGGGUAAGAUGCAACGCUCGGCCAACAGCCUGGGGAGGGAGGAGAGAGAUGAGGCAACUAGAAAAAGCUCUGAUCUUCGCCGGCGCAUGUCUAUAGUCAUGUACACAGUCAUUUUCCUCUACGCUGCCGCAUUCUGGAUCCAGACUGGAGUGUUACCAGUGAGUACAAACAACAGACCCCACACCUUCCCUCCACCGCCUCAGUCCCCUGCAGUUCCUCUCCAAGAAGCUGGGGGACAGACCCUGUAAUCUUUGGCUAUAUGGAGACAGUGUUUGCAGUUGCUAUGCUCCUCGGAGGACCUCUGUUUGGUCGCUUUGGAGACAUCUUUGGAGCCAGAGCUGCUCUGCUGCUGGCCUUCCUGUCCUGCCUCUUCACCUACCUCAUCCUCUCCUUUGCCACAGGACUCCCGGCUCUGUUCUUCUCACGCAUCUUUGCCUUCAUGAUGCACGCAAUGCAUGGUACAGCCCUCCCACUUUCCCACAUUGACACUAUUGCACAAUUAGUUUUCACUCUGAAAUUGGAUGAACAAUCUGGACAGGGGCCCAGAUGGUAAUGACUGAUGUAUCUGGAGCUAAAGACAGGGCCGACGCUCUUGGUAAACUGGGUGUGGCUUAUGGAGUCGGAAUGGUGGUCGGACCACCAGUUGGAGGGUAUGUGACUGUAUACUUCAGUGAGCAAUCGGCGGCAGGUGUUGCAGCUGCUCUGUGUGUGGUUUCCAUGGCAAUAGUUGUCAUGUUUGUACCUCAGUCAACCAAGGACCCAUCUCACCUCUCCUCCAGCAGAGAUCCCUACAACUCUGGAGGAGUGGUGAAUGUGAAAGCCAUUCUGUCCCUCCUCUCCAUACCUGCCGUGGCCUACGUCAUUGGCCUCAAAACGGUGAUGGGUGUUCCUGCCGGAGUCUUUCAGGCCAUGUUCACCGUCGUUAAUAUAGAGAGAUUGGAGUUAACGCCAGAAACCAACGGACAGCUUCUGAGCUAUAUUGGAUUUGUUACCAUGAUAAUGCAGGGGUUUGUUGUGGGGUAUAUUGGAAGAAGAGUUAGCGACAAAACUACUCUCAUUGGUUCAGUUGUAAUUGUGGCUCUCUCUUACCUCGUUCUGAUGGUGACGUCGACACUCUUUCAGCUGUGUCUCAUUCUCAUUCCAAUGAUAAUGGGAGGGGCUCUCCUCAAUACACUCACCAGCAGUGUUAUCACAAAGGUGGUCCCCGAUACUGCAACAGGGACCAGCCUCGGUCUGAGCAUGGCCACACAUUCCCUCAUACGAACUGUGUCUCCUACUCUUGGAGGCUACAUCUACCAGUGGCUGGGCUACCCCGGCUUCGGAGCUCUCGGAUUCACUACUGGCUCUCUCAUGGCAGCUGUACUUAUGCUCAGAGGGGGAAUCCCCGGAAUUAAUUAGCAAUUUUCAUCAACAUCACAAUGUAUAAUGAAGUGCAAACCCUCGGCACACUCCAUAGAAAUGUGGAACCCAUAUAUACACAAGUGUGGCACCACCACAAUUGAUGGUCUUGACCAUGCAUCAAAAAGAACAGCAUGUUAUGCACCAUUUCCAUGGAUUAUUAUCAAUAGAAAUGGGCAGCCCUACAAUAUCUGUUUGAGGCCCAAAAAAUAUAUAAGGUUGAAAAAUUGCCA